AUGGUGCUCCCCUGUGCCCACAACAGCAUUGGCAGUGGCUGGCUGGCACCCGAGGAGCCCCGUGGCCGCAGCAACUCCAUCCCCCCGGCGCAGACCCCUACCGCCAAGCACAUGCUGGCUUACCUGCCCCGGCCACCCACCGACAGCAGCCGCUACAGCACCUUCCCCCAGAAGCCUGAACUCCUGGCCACCCCCGGGGCUGUGGCAGAGGACGGGCAGCAGCAAGCCAGUGCCGCUGCUGCCAAGAGAAGCGCCCUGAUGCCAAACUACGUGUCCCCACCCUGCUGCAGCGGCAUCGUUCCCAGAGAGCCGUCCCUGCUGCUGAGCUGCGGCAGCGUGGCUGCCCAGCACCAUCCUGGUGCUCCAUCCCGGUGCCCGCUGGCCACCCCGCAGGAGGUGGGCACCCACUGGUACCCGCUGCACGCGCUGAGCGUGCCCAACAUCCCCAGCUCGGCGCGUGGCAAGACCCCCACCCGCGGUGCCACUGCCACCGUCCCCACCCCGGAGGGGCUGCAGGGCCGGCGCCGCAAGCUGCUGGAGGAGGAUGGGCCGGUGGUCCAGGCCAGCAAGCGGCAGCGGCAGCGCUACGUGACCAAGGUGGGCAAGUGCCAGGUGAACCUGGGCAACAUCCAGGAGAAGAAGCGGUUCCUCUCCGACAUCUUCACCACCAUUGUGGACCUCAAGUACCGCUGGUUUCUCUUUGUCUUCAUGAUGUGCUACAUAGUCACCUGGGUGGUCUUCGGCACUGUCUACUUCUUUGACGCCUGGAUGCGGGGCGAUGUCAGGCACCGGGGUGAUCCCGAGUGGCGGGCAUGCAUAGAGAAUGUGGACGGCUUCGUCUCCGCCUUGCUCUUCUCGGUGGAAAGCCAGCGGACCAUCGGCUACGGCUCCCGGAUGGUUACAGCCAACUGCGCUGAGGGCGUCAUCCUGCUGAUGGCACAGUCCAUUGUCGGCUCCAUGAUCGACGCCCUCAUGGUGGGCUGCAUGUUUGUCAAGAUCUCCCGGCCCAAGAAGCGUGCCCAGACCCUCAUCUUCAGCAAGAACUGUGUCAUCUCCCGCCGGGACGGGCAGCUCUGCCUGAUGUUCCGCGUGGGGGACCUGCGGGACAGCCACAUGGUGGACGCCAAGAUCCGGGCCAAGCUGAUCAAGUCCCGGCAGACGGCCGAGGGGGAGUUCAUCCCCCUGGAGCAGUCGGAACUGAACCUGGGCUACGACACGGGGGAGGACCGCCUGUUCCUGGUGGAGCCCCAGAUCAUCUGCCAUGUCAUCAACCGCCGCAGCCCCUUCUGGGACAUGUCGGCCGAGUCGCUGCGCCGGGAGCAGUUCGAAAUCAUCAUCAUCCUCGAGGGCAUCGUGGAAGCCACAGGAAUGACGUGCCAAGCCCGCACCUCCUACACGGAGGAUGAGAUCCUCUGGGGCUACCGCUUUGAACCGUGCAUGUCCCUGGAGAAAGGCGCCUUCCGGGUGGACUACAGCCGCUUCGAGAUGACCUUUGAGGUGCAGACCCCGGCAGCCAGCGCCAAGGAGCUGCACGAGCUGAAGGAGCUGGAGCAGCAGGAGCACUCCACGCUCAGCCUCUACUGGGACCACCUCCUGCAGCCCUGCGCCCUGCCGGGCUCCGGCCCCGGAGAGGAUGCUCGCACCGGGCUGAGCGUCCCCGGCAGCGCAGCCGAGGGCAGGCAGGCCCAGCCGCCCGAGCUGGGGGGGGCCCCCUGA